UCUCCGUGUCGUUAGGUUGGUUACAAAAACGCAAUAAAAAAGUAAUAUGAGCUCUUUCAGUUUCGUGUAUUCCGGUUGUUUCCAUCAUCUAUAAAUAUUACAAGGCAAUUACUGAGUAUAUGAAUACCUGGAAAAAAAAAGACAAUCGAUCUAACAAUACACAUUUUGAAAAAUCAGACUGUAUGGAGAAAUAUUAGAGUGACGGGAUAAGAAAAUACUAUCAUGGAUGGAGCUUGUAGUACAGAAGAGGAGACUGACUCCGAGGGUGAAGAAAAAGCAUCUAGCAGUUAUGAUCAACCUCUUAUGUCGCAUGAGGGAUUUUCAGAUACUCAAACUUUAAUCAAAGAAGACCAAACUAAGGCAUCUGCAGAGAACCAUUCCGCAAGCGUCGCCUUUUAUGUCAGAGAUGUAAAAACUGGAAAAGUGUAUGGUUUAAGAAAUCGUCAUAUUACUCUUCAUACAGACAAAAUUGAUAUUAAAAUGUUAAGUCAGAGUAAGUUUAUCCAUUUUGGGACAUCAGUUAAAAUUUUGGAUGAAAAAAGUUUAGAUAUAGGAUUGAUAGAGAUUGAUCACUCUGUAAAAGAUCUUUUAAGCAACACAGAGAACGUAGAUCAGAAUGUUUGUAUCUAUUCUGGUCCAUUUGAAAGCAUUUUUGAUAAAGAAAUAUUUAAAUACAAACCUAGCGAUAAACUUUAUGAAGUGUGCAAAUGUGGUACACCAAAUUAUGGAACUAUUGUUUCUGAGUCGGAACAUGAAGAGUGUAAACCAGAAAAUGGACAAUUUCUCGUUAAAAGUGAGAAUGGUGUAUUCGCUGUAAAAGGUGAAAGUGGUACCGCCGUCGCGGCCAAAAGAAAAGAAGACAAUGUAAUAGAGUUAGUUGGAAUUAUUUGCGGUGGAUCAGGCGACAAUACUGUUUGUCUAUUUAUUCCAGAUGUUUUUCAUUUUUAUAAGAACAGAUACGACAUGAUUCUAGAGUUGUAUGAUGCAUGCAUACUUUGUGGAGUAAAAAUAUAUUUCAAUUUGUCAACGCCGGAGCAAAUUUCUCCACCUAGUUACGAUCUGGUGGAUCAUGCUUUAAAUUUGAUGUGCUACAAAUUUGAAAAUGUAGAUGUUAAAAUUUACGAGCGCCUAAUAGAAAGAGAACGCGAUUUGUCCCUACGGGUCACUCAAAGAUUGUGUUUGAAUGAUAACGCCAUCUUCGAAAAUGACAAUCCUAAUUAUGUAGCAAUAGAAAGCGGCAUGUUAGCAUGCGAUUUUUUGUAUGUGGGUAAUGCGAGAGCAGCAGAAAACCGUCUAAAGAAAGCAAUAUUUUGCUUUUUAAAGUCAGAUGAUUUUGGACUUAGAUUGUUAUGUAAUCUCAUUACAUAUAUCACGUGGUAUUGUCUUGUCAAAAAUAAUGAUACUUCUUUAGACAAAUUGAAAAAAUUGCUUGAAAAUGGCAAGAAAAGUUUUGAAUGCGACUUCAGGACCUUAAGAGGAUUUCCUUUAGAGUCAUUAGGAUUCCUGUAUUAUGAUUACUCGAGAUAUUACAUGGCAAUGUGGGAUAAAAUGCGUGAGCGAGGCCAUGACCAUAGAAACAACACAACUGAGAGAAGCUAUAGAUUUGAAGCAGUUGAGAAAGCAAAGCAAUCUGUGAAGAUUUUUAAGGAAGACCAUAACGAGAAGAAAAGUACAGAAACACUGAGGAGACUUGUGCUGGCAAAAUGUCAGCAAGUGUAUGUUCUACUUGGUUGUGGUCAUGAUUUCAUUACUUGUGAGGAAGUAUCCAAUGAACAAAUAACAGAAGCUGAAAACAUUAUUAAGGGUAUGGAGGAAGUGACUAUGAAGGAAAUACCAUUAGUGCAAAAUGUGGAUUACUUGAUUGCAUUAUGCGACUUGCAGUAUAGAAAUGGACAUACAUCGAAAGUUUUGAAAACGGCCUGUUAAUGUUUCGAAAACUCCGAAAUCAAGGAGUACCAUGUAGGAUUCCAUAGAGCUAAAUGCAGAGUAGAAAUGCUGUCCAAAUUAAAAUCAUGGUAAUUUCGAUAAGCUAUCAGUGAAUAAACUUCUGUUUCUAUGUUUGGAUGUUUUUGAUACCUAACAAAUAAAAAUUAAAAUUAGAAAUAUAGUUAACCUUCCAAGUCAAACAUUAUGUGCCAUGUUUACUUCUAUUUGUCCGUUAAAGCUAACUCAGCAUAAACAUAAACGUUGUUCUUUCGGAGGACAGGGGAUGGUUUAGAUUAAUUACCAAUCAUGUUAGUAUCAUUGUAAAUAUUCUAGGUAAACGUUCUUGAAUUCGCGUCAGUGAAAGUGGCCUGUCAAAGUGAAGGGAAAAAAAAUAGAACUCAUGAUUUCAAGCCAAAUAGCUCAGUUCAUAUUAGGUUUGGAGCUUGUACUUUGAAAGGAUGCUAUUGUGCACUAUUUAACGAUUAGCUUAUUAAUGUACUAAGUACUUGAGAUUGAAACGUGUUCUUUGAAUACAUUAAAUAUAAACAUUGUUUAUGAAAAGGGUAUUAUUAGGUGGUCACAAUUCUAAACUGAUUAGUAAUUUCAUAUACAAAUAAAAGAUGUACAUAAUUUUUUUGUAAAUAGUAUUCAGAUAGGAAAAAAGAUCGACAUGAAUAAGGCUAUCCAAAAUUUAAAUGUUUCAUUCUUUUUUAAGACUGGAUGUAAUAACUAAUGUGAUAGAGCAAUAUCUUAAUGCGAAUAUAUAUUUUGAUUUUCAUAAAACAUUAAAAUUGAAAUUAGAUAUGUAUCUGCUAUAACCUUCACUUAUAAUCAAUUUGGAAAGUUAAUUCUCCUCAUUGUAUCAUGUAUUUUGUAUGAACAGAAAAUAUUGAGAAUAAAAGAGGUAUUCCAACAAUUA